AUGCCGUCGCCGGUUCAGGGCAAGCACCCACGGACGACGCCGCUGUCUCCGGCCAUCCCCGAUGGGACGGACCACCUGAGCUCCCUCCCAGUCGAGAUGACCGAGGAGAUCCUCCGGCGCCUGUCCCUUGACGACGCCGUCCGCACCUCCGCCUUGGCGAAGCCCUGGCGCUAUCGCUGGGCCGAGUGCCCCGGCUUCAAGCUCGUGUUCGUCGCCGAAGAUCCACCGGCUGCUGUAGAUGCCGUCCUCGCCGGGUACGCCUGCAAUGUCUCCUAUGCCCAGCUUGACGUCGCGCCAGAGUCCAACGGCAAGGUGGACGGCUGGAUCCGCGCCCUCGCUGCCAAGGGUAUACGGUGCCUGGUCCUGUGCUUCACUCUUGUGCUCUCCAUGAGAUGGCUCCCUGUCCCCGCCUCGCUCUUCUCCUGCCGCGAGCUGACCUCACUGCUGCUCAAGAGCUGCGAAAUCCCAGCCCUGCGGUCUUCCUCUGACGGCUUCCCAAACCUUUUGGCACUCGAGCUGGAUGAUGUCAACUUUUGGGAGAACGGGCAGAAGACAUUUGAGGCACUGAUUGCCAGGUCCCCAUUGUUGAGGUCUCUUCGCAUCAUGUUCCCGUCGAUCAACGGAGAAGAUGAUGGGGGAAACUACAGUGAGUGGACGAUAAGGGCUCCAAACCUCAGAAUCCUCAGUAUGGGCGCAUGGCAGGACUGUGGGUGGAGGCUAGAUGAUCUUCCACUCAUCGAGGAAGCAUGUAUUCACCUGGAAGGCAAUGAGUUGCCAAGGAUCCUACCAGCGCUGACAAGAGUAGAGAACCUUUCUGUGGAAGGAAUCAUGGGCCACACAAAUGAGUUGCAGUUCAUAAAGUUUCUUAUGUCAAAAGCAACAGUACUUGAAGAAAUUGAAAUUUAUGUACAUGAUGAUAGCCCAAUGUCUAUUGAGGUUGUUUCUGAUGAGUUGUCUCAGUAUAAAAAAGCUUCUCUACAAGCAGGGAUUAUUGUCAAUCGUUAUGUUGAUUAUAAUAACAUUGAUGAAACUGACGAUGAUGAAGAACCUUGA